AUGUCCGCUGAGAAUCCGAGCGCCCCCGCGCCCGCGACGACCACAAUCGACCCGGACGAACUGAAUGCGCCGUUCUCCCUUGCAGUAGGAAACAACAUCAUUCUCACUCUGCAAUCUGAUGCACUCUAUAUUAAUGGUGCGCAGAGCUGCAGCUACAUGCUUCCCGUUGAUUCAACAUUUGCUGACUCGAAUUGUGGCGCUUUUUUAGACCCAAGACCCAGGAAAAACGUUCGUUACUGCGGCCUCCAGGUAGUUGAUUCUACGGCGUCUCAAUCCAUUCCCUUUUACAAUAUCCUAGCCGCCGAUGUCUCCGAAUCAGCGCUCUCCAUCAGAUACGCAAAGCCUCUCGUGAAAGAUGACUACACUUCGAGCACCCUGACAUUCGCCCUUGACAGCCAGGCAUUUGCCAAAGCUGAACCGUGGGUAGAGCAACUACUAAAACUUGCAUAUGGCGAUGCUCAACGCAAUAAACGGCUAAAGGUCCUAAUAAAUCCUCACGGAGGCAAAGGAUACGCUGAAGAUCUAUACACUGAAUAUGCGGCUCCGAUGUUCGAGGCUGCAGGAUGCAAAGUUGAUUUGGAAAUGUCGAAAUAUGCCGGUCAUGCGGCAGAUAUCGCCGAAAAGUUGGACAUCGACGCAUAUGAUGUUUUGAUCUGCUGUUCAGGCGAUGGUCUGCCAUACGAGGUUUUGAAUGGAUUUGCAAAGAGGGAAAAUGCUGCAGAGGCCCUGACAAAGGUUGCAGUUGCCAUGAUCCCUUGCGGCUCGGGAAACGCUAUGGCGUGGAAUCUUUUUGGUACAAACAGUAUCAGCUUAUCGGCUCUGACUGUGAUCAAGGGCCUGCGCACCCCUCUGGACUUGGUUUCCAUUACGCAACGCGGAACGCGAACUCUAUCAUUCUUAUCCCAGUCAUAUGGAAUUGUCGCCGAGUCAGAUCUGGGCACAGAUAAUCUGCGGUGGAUGGGUGCCGCGCGCUUCACAUACGGAUUCCUCGUGCGACUUCUACGCCAGGCGACAUAUCCGUGCGACGUAGCUUUUAAGCUCGAAACAGACAGCAAACAGGAAAUCAAGGAACGCUAUGUCGCAUACAAGAAAAAGAAAUCUUCCCUACGACCGAUCGGUGGUGGUGAGCAGGUUGGCAAGGGCUUGCCCCCGCUCAAAUACGGCACUGACGAGGAUGAUGUGCCAAGUGACUGGCAACAGUUAUCCACGGAUACGCUGGCAAAUUUCUAUGCUGGAAAUAUGGCUAUCAUGACGGCCGACGCAAACUUUUUCCCUUCUACCGUUCCCAAUGACGGUACCAUCGAUAUCGUUAUGAUUGAUGCCAAUGUUGGUCGGCUCAGGACGUUAUCGAUGAUGACUGCCGUGGAAAAUGGCGAGUUUUUUGACUACCCCGAAGUCGAAGUCCGCAAAGUCACUGGUUACCGUCUCAGCCCCAGGGGCAGUAAGGAUGGGUAUAUAAGCGUCGACGGCGAAAGGAUCCCAUUCGAGCCCUUUCAAGUAGAGGUGCAUCAAGGACUGGGCACAGUGCUUUCCAAGAGCGGUCAUUUAUACGAAGCUCAAGGUCCUAUAUGA